AUGGCGCAGCGGACCCGUGUUGAGAAGCGAACUUUCCUUCGACAGCGAGUGGAGGCCAGGCUUGCAUCUCUUUUGAUGGAAAGCAAGGAGUAUUCAGAAGCACUAAGUCUCCUAUCAGGCCUGAUCACGGAAGUGAGAAGUCUAGAUGACAAGCUUCUUCUUGUGGACAUAGAUUUGUUGGAGAAGAACUGUCAGUGUAUCUCAUCGUCUUCUCUCGUCUCCGUCGUCUUCUCUGAACUUAAACACCAAACUCCGAGAGGAAGCUUUCAUUGCACGCAAAAGUUUGAUUUGUUUGUAACCAUGGUUUCUCAAGACCAAAGUAAGGACUCUGGCUCGAAAAAAAAUGGAGCUAAGGAGCUUGGAAUGGUAACUCCUCAAGACAAGUCCUUGAAGAAGAUGAAGUUUGUUUCAUCUGCUGAGACAGAACCAGCCAGCACGACAACAAUUUCUGAGGAUUCAAAGUCAGGUUGA